GGUCAAUGCAGACCCGCCUCUGGUGGGGUGGAAUCCGGUAACGGCGGAGUCGGUCGACCGACUCGUGCGGCGCCCGAAGAAUCUAUCCCCUUCCGUCCCGCAAGUCGAGAGAAGGGCGUAGAGAGCUCGAAUAUAAUUGAGCCAGUGCUGUACUUUGUCACUUACUCACCUCCCCAUUCAUACUGCUCUCUAGCAAGGCUUUGAACAUCUCAGGCCACGUCUUCGGUAUUAAUCUAGCCUACACCAUACUGUACCUACGCGCUCAUACUAGACACACUAUUAUACGAUGGCGCAUGCUAAUUGUCAUGUUCGGCACGCGCGCCGGGAAGAUAUACCAUCCAUCUUGCAGAUGAUUCGCGAGUUGGCCGACUAUGAACAUGAGUUGGAUGCUGUCGAGGCCACCGAGGCCUCGCUAGAUGCCACAAUAGCAUUUGCGCCUGAUGGUGUUGAGUCUUCCACAGCCGCGCCCAACACGGAGCCUAUAACGCCCACGCGGCCCUCACGCUGCCUCAUACUCUUUAACGAGAAGGACGAGCCCUCGGGCAUGGCCUUGUACUUCUACAACUACAGCACUUGGCGCGCCAAGGCCGGUAUUUACCUUGAGGACUUGUUUGUACGCUCAACGGAAAGAAAGAAGGGGUAUGGCAAGAGGCUGCUCGUGGAGCUGGCCAAGGAAGUUGUUGCCAUGGGUGGUGGGCGGCUGGACUGGAGUGUGCUGAAGUGGAAUGAGCCGAGCAUCAAAUUCUACGAGUCUAUCGGUGCCACAGCCAUGAACGAGUGGGUUGGUAUGCGUGUUGACCGUGAAGGCCUGACCAAACUGGCUUCCCUGUUGGACUAGGCUGAUGUGAACGAAACAUUUUGUACACGAUACAGACAGUCAGGACAAGCCAUAGAUUACCCAGUAUAAACCUCGG